AUGGCCUCGGCUGUGGCCAGUGGAGACAAGCCAAAGUCCAAGCCCAGCGUUUUGCGCUCCAUCAUAGCUGGAUCUACAGCAGGCGCUGUCGAAAUCGCCAUAACCUAUCCUUUCGACUUUCUCAAGACACGAACGCAGCUCAAUCGGCGCUUACCAGAUGCAAACAAACUUCCUCUGCCCCCUUUCCCGUCAAGAGAGUGGUAUACAGGAUGUACAACAGCGAUUGUCGGCAAUGCGUUCAAAGCAGCCAUACGCUUUGUCGCAUUCGACACAUACAAACACCUUUUGUCCGAUGAUGACGGUCAUAUAUCCGGACCCAGGACCGUCGUGGCAGGGUUUGGCGCAGGUAUCACGGAGUCACUAGUUGCAGUGACUCCGUCGGAAUCCAUCAAAACACAGCUGAUCGACGACCAAAAACGGGCGCAGCCACGAAUGCGAGGAUUUAUCCAUGGAUCAGGCGUCAUUUUCAGAGAAAAGGGCCUUGCAGGCUUUUUCCAAGGGUUUGUACCAACAACAGCUCGGCAGGCCGCAAACAGUGCUGUCCGGUUUAGCACAUAUACUAGCCUCAAGCAAUUCGCUGAAGGUUAUGUUGCGCCUGGUGAAAAGCUUGGGUCCGUAACAACAUUUGGCGUAGGAGCCCUUGCUGGUAUCGUCACCGUAUAUGCCACCAUGCCGUUGGACACUGUGAAGACGCGAAUGCAGAGUUUAGAAGCGAAACAAAUCUACAAGAACAGCUUCAACUGUGCUGCCAGUAUCUUCAAGAACGAAGGAUUAUUGACCUUUUGGUCGGGCGCUCUUCCACGACUAGGACGUCUCACCCUGAGUGGCGGAAUCGUCUUUACCAUGUACGAGAAGACAAUGGAGCUUUUAGAUCUGGCGGAUCCAGAUAGGAAGUACAUUUAGACGCCAUACGCAUGAAAUAAUGACCUGGCAUUGCACUACGUCCGCAAAAGAUAAUGAAAACACGUACAGAAACCCGUCUUCGGGGCUAUGGAGUGACGGUCAUAGAGACGAAA